UAACCUCCAAUGUAUGGAUACAUUAUUACACACAUGAGAAGCAAAUGCCAAAUACAUGUAAUCUCUUACAUAUAUACAUGUGUAUAUGUAGCUCGAAGAUGACACCUGCACAUUUUGAAGAAUUUUUGUUUCUAUGUAUAUUAUUGUUAACGAUAGCUUUACUGAGAAUGGUUUAGUUUCUUUUGAAGUUUUUAUGUUGUUGUUACACUCUUUUAUAGGUUAAGUUCAACUACGUCUAAUAUGUAGUAGUAGUAGUAGUAGUAGUUUCUCUUCAUUGUAGAUUGUAUAUGUGUGUAUAAGUUAUUGAGGGAAUUCGACCAUUCUGACUUUCCUUUCACUGUCUGGUAAAAGAGGUCAGACUCUCAACACUCAAUAUAUAUAUAGGCCAAACGGUCAGACUCUACUCAAUAGAGACCUCUCUAUUUACAAGCUGAGUUUCCUAAGUUCCCACCUCACUAAAUUACUAACCUACCUUCAUCUCUCCAAUGGCUUACUUUCAAUUAUUGAUUCUGCUUUUUCUGAUGUCUUUUACAACCCCAUUGUCAUCUACUUCAACGGCUUAUGAAGUACUAGAAGGGUAUGAUUUCCCAGUUGGUCUUCUUCCCAGUGGCGUAUUAGGAUACAAGUUGGACAAUUCCACAGCGGGGAAGAUAACCAACAAUAAGCUCUACUACUUGUCUGGUAUUGAGGUUAAGGUAGCUAUUUUCUGGCUGAGCCUUGUAUCUGUCACGCGCAACAACGAUGAGCUUGAAUUCUCAGUUGGCUUGGCCAAUACUGACUUUCCGGUUAGCAAUUUUUAGGAGGGCCCUACUUGUUGUUGUGGAUUUGAUUGUGUUGGCUAUGGCACUGCAGCAACGAAGCUUAGUAGUCGUUUAGUGUCCUAUUCAUAUCUAAAUUGAUUGAGUGUGUCAGCUAAUUUAUUAUUAGCUUGAGUAGUAAUCUGAAUAAAUUGGUUUGACCUCUCUAGCUUGGAUGAGAUGUGCUAUUAAGAUCAUGUUGUAACAUGUUUCUUUGUUUAGAAUUGUAAGCCUCGGAUAGCAAGUUGUAUACCAUUUUCAGGUUAUUUUACUCUGCUCCAAUUUUUGGAGUAAAGGUGUUGAUGGUAACCUCUUGUAUUGGUACAAACAUAACGUUUAAUACCACGUAAUUAAUUUUUAAUCAUGCUUUUUUUGUACUGGUGUCAUUUUCCUACCAUAAUUAUGCCUUGCUUUUUUUAGCUGUUGACAUGUAAGUGAUUUCGAAAUAGCUAGUCGAGAAUCUGUAUAACCAUAAAGAAUUAUUUCAUGUCAUGCAGUAUUCUCUAGCCAGGAGGUUUUGUGCCACAAAAUUAUUGAAACUUGAAAUAAAGAAAGGCAUUUUCACAUG